AUGCAUUUCCUUUCAGAUUAUUUUGUCCUCUUCAUUGGAAUCAUCAUAAUCCUGGUGCAGAAGCUGCAGUCUCCAGACAUCGGCGGGAACGAGUCCAGCAUCUACCUGCGUCUGGCGCGCUCCACCCUUCUCCUCAUCCCUCUGUUUGGAAUCCACUACACUGUUUUUGCUUUCUCCCCGGAGGAUUUCAGCAAGCGGGAGCGACUGGUCUUUGAGCUGGGCCUGGGCUCCUUCCAGGGGUUUGUGGUGGCCGUGCUCUACUGCUUUCUGAAUGGAGAGGUGCAGUCGGAGAUAAAGAGGAAAUGGAGGAGUUGGACGGUGAACAGGUACUUUGCUGUGGACCUGAAGCAGCAGCGUCACCCUUCGCUAGCGAGCAGUGGGGUGAACGGGGGGACGCAGCUGUCCAUCCUCAGCAAGAGCAGCUCACAGAUACGCAUGUCCAGCCCUCUGGCCGAGACGGUCAACCUCAACCUGCCCACCUGAGCGCCUGAUUGGCCUGUCCGUCCAUAAGCCCCGCCCUCCAACUCACCUUCUUCACCUGCAGUACGGCCGACCAAUCACAAUUAGAGAAGAACUAGUGAUUAUUCAUGAAAUAUAUGGAUAGUAUUUAAAGAUUCCAAACAAGAUCUAGAAUGUCUCACCCAUUAUCGGUUAGAAACGAUUUGUCCAGGGAAAAAUAUAUAGUGCCAAAACUGUUGAUGAGCUUAAAAGUUGCUAUUCAGGUUAGGAACCAAAAGCAACUUUUUGAAGGCUUUCUAAUUAAUCUAAUGAGUAAACAACAAUACAAGCAUAAAAUAAUGUUAUUUGUAAUCAAUAAUAAUGCAGAACAGGGGCUGUAUGGUUCACACCGCAAUGCCAAAAUGAGACUGCGGUGAAAAUUUGAGUGAAAUUUCAUAUCGCAUUAUGAGCCAUAAAGAAUGUGAAUUGUUGGUGGUUAGAGUGUAGUCAGAGAAACAUCAAUCCAUUCAUUUCUGUCAAACCAACAGCACAUUGCUUUCUAGUUUUUUAUCAGAGAGAGACGGGUUACAUUUCAGUGUUAUGAGAAAAUAUAAUAACAUAAAGUGCCAAAACAUGAAUAUUUAGGUAUUGUUUUAUCUGCAAGCUACUGUGUUUAUCAGAAGUACACUAAAAAAGAAAAUGUACAGUUUUCGUGUUGCUCGUUUAAAUGCUGUGUUUUUGAUUUAAUGUUCUCCACAGAGAGAUUGUAAAACAUAUUUUUUUACAAUCAGCCGUAAGUACAGAGUAUGUCAACAAUAUAAAGACUUAUGAAUGACUCAUGAAUUUAGAUUGUGUAAAUGUUAUGUUAUGAGUUAUGAGGCCAGUGCUUUCUUACUGUCAUUGCGAAUGGUUUAUAACUACACAGAGCCAAUAUCAGCAAAUCAAGGACUGUCAAAAAACAGUUCUGUAAACAAUUACCAGUCCAGUGAAGCUAUUCCACAAUUCCCUCUGAUUUAUUUAAUCUGAAGUGCCUGAUGGUCACAAAAAAAGCUUUGAUGGAUUUACUGUAAACAACCAGUCCCAUGCAGUAUUGAUUUAAUUAUUAGUCAUUUAGUAGUGUAGAUUCAGUCUUCAAGUUUGUGUUACAAUCUUUAAUUUCUACAUAGUAGGAAUAUAUUAAUGUAUACACAGUAUUAGAGUGCAUAUAGACAUUUCUAAAGCUUUGAAAUGCGCAAAUCAAUUCCAUUAUGUUACUAUCAGAUGCAUUAUAAAUGCAUUUAGGGCUGACAUGUUCAACUGUGGGAGACAAAAGAGACAUUUGAGUGAGAUGUGAAAGUGUUAAAGGGAGAUUUCACCAAAAAUGUUGAUUCUGUCAUCAUGUCCAACUUUUUACAUGCUUGUACUCUUACAAUGAAAACAUACAGAAUGUCAAGCUCCAAAAUGGCAAAAGGCAUCAUUUUAGUACCCGAAUUAUAUAUGAAGGACUUUAAUUAUGCUUUUUUGUCCUUAUUUAAAGCUGGACAACCUGUGCUCAAUAUAUUUUGUAUGAUAACAAGGAUGCAUAUGUAUGCCAUACAGGUUUAAAAAUGACACGAGGAUGAGUGAAAGAUGACAGAUUUUAAUUAAUUUUUGAGUGAACUUUUAAUACAUGAGAGACUGAUAACCCCAAACCUUUACAAGAACAAUAUCUGAUGUCAAUCAAGGAAUCCAACCAAAUUUACUGCAUCAUCACUGACUGACAAUCAGAAUGAGUCAUCAUCACUCACAUUUUUACGUUUGAUCGCGAUAAUAACGUGCAUCGGUGUACUAAGUGGCAGCAGUCUGUGCUAAAGGUGAUGUUUAUUUCAGUACAGUAUUAUUCUCUGCCGUGAUUGUAAAUUCUCUGUAUACGUUAAAGACGCACGUGCCAGUAAAUAAUGUACCAGCACACUCUCUUUAGUCAACACUUGCGGUCUUAAGUACCAACGAUGUAUGUAAAACUUCUGUGAUUUUUAAACGUCUCAUUUUUGAAAUGCAGUAUGCUUUUUGUUGCAGCUCAUAGUUGUUGGUGAUUCACAUUGCGGAGUUGAGGUGGUUAUUGAAAUGUACAGUAAAGUGAUGGUCGCCUAGAUCACUGUAUACUUUUUUCCCCUUGGUUGUUAUUUUAAAGUUUUAAGUGUGUAAUUUGUGUGCUUCUAUCAUCAGCAAACGAAAAUGAACAAAUAAUGAUGGCAGGUUUCGAACGCUCCUCAUCUCUCAUUGGCAGGAUAAACAUAGCUCCG